AUGCCCAUCCCAACACGUUCGGCUUCGCUACGCGACCCCCGUAAACAAACUUCAAAUAUAGCACGACCUGCCACGAAACCCUCCCCUACAAUACCCACCACGGCCAGCCUGAACAAGGACUCUACCCGAGAAACGAAUAACAAGACCCGCUCGCCAUCAAAUUCCUCGCCGGUCGAAGGUGUGCCUCUGAAAGACAAUGGAGUCACUGCCCGAGGAAGGACCCUGCUCCCCCAGCGCAGUAAUCUUACCCAAGACAAUGAUCGUGCAACGGGAUACGGGCGGAUUCAGCCACCGAGUAGCAAGCUGAAACCACGCGUGGACCCCAGUGAAGACCGGGGUGGCACCCAGCCGUCGUCAAAGUAUCAUGCGACCCGGCGCGUUGAAGUUGCCUUCAGCGAAGAUUACAGCCCCUUCGUCAAAGAGCUCAGCACCAUCUUUCGCGCCACCCUCACCCCGCAAACCGCCAGGAAGGCGAUCCCCAGUCCAACCUCCUACGAUAAGAAGGCCCCCUCGCCCAAGAAAACGGAGAUGCUACCCCCACCGCGCCCCACACGAUCCCUCUCUUUAAGGCAACCUGUCAGUGUCAGCAAGGCACCGCCGGUGGCGGCCAAAACCCACAUGCGGCACAGGAGUCAGCUGGUACAAAAUACAAAACAAGUCGAGACAACCCCAUCAAUUGGCCAACGUGCACGAACACUCUCAAACUACCAACGGCCGCCGUCUCCUAAGAAAAUUUCCAAACCUCCAACGCCUACCCCUGGAGCCGAACCCCAGCCUGGGAAUAUUCUGAUCUCUUCAUCAUGGCCGGAUAUCGCAGCACUACAAACAGAACUUCUUCAGCUCAGUCUUUUCCAUUCCGACUCACUGCAAAGCCAUGCUGAAUGGAAGUCUGAUUCAGAGACACGUCUACGCAAAAAGUACGACAGUGUCGCUAGCCAAUAUCGCUUGGUACUGGCGGAUGAAACACAGCGGCAGUGUCGCCUGAAUGCGCAGGCCCUAGGGAUUUGGCUUUCCAAUUGUCGUGAACAUCGCGGUCCGCAUGAUUUCUCUGAACAGAUUCAAAUCUUAUCGCAAGUUCUACAAGAUGUCUCGGACAUGGUUGCUGGUAGCCGGGGUGCACAGUACUCUCAAGCUGUGAAGACAUUCGAAGACUGGCUUAACCAAGCGGAGCUUAUUCGUCAUAGCCGUGGACCAGGGUGUCUUGAUGUCGGCACCUUUAUUGACCCCCUUGGGCGAAGCUGGAACGAAUCAUUACGUACUUUAAAUGUGAGGCUCGAACUCUGUAUACGCCAAUUGCAAGUCCUUGAUAUCCUGGGCUUCGGGGAGGUGGAGCGUCUAGAACAGUCUGCUCUUGCCAGAGUGGCCAAGAAUCUGGCUGAAUUGAUACAACUCAUGGCACAGGAGAUCCGUGCUAUGCAAAUGUUAGAAACAGAAAUGGUGCGUUCGGAAAGAGAUUUUGUCGGUCUUCUUGCGACACAGCUGGCAGGCUCUAAAAGGGAUACAAGAGCUCCCCGGGUCGGGGCAUGGAGAAGCUAG